GGAGACUCCACACUUUAUUCCAGGUGAAGCUUCUCUCCUAACCUACAGCUGAGAGCUCCUUCUCUCUCUUUCUCUCUCUCUCUCUCUCUCUCUCUCUCUCUCUCAGGUCUUCCACCUGUCUUUCCUCCUCUGAUUGGAAACCCCUUUCUGAUAGGAGACAUGGCCAAUGGAGGGAUGCAGCUUUUCGGCUUCACUUUGGCGUUUUUAGGCUUUGUGGGUUUGAUCAUCUCCACCGCCCUGACGGAGUGGAAGAUGUCCUCGUACGCAGGGGACAACAUUAUAACAGCGCAGGCCAUGUAUGAGGGACUGUGGCAGACCUGCGUCUACCAGAGCACCGGACAAAUACAGUGCAAAGUCUACGACUCGCUCCUACAGCUACCCUUGGAGGUCCAGGCGGGUCGAGGGUUCAUGGUGUCAGCGAUCCUGCUGUGUGGCAUUGGCGUCCUGGUGGCCUCAGUGGGCAUGAAGUGCACCAAGUGUCUAGAGGAGGACAUGGCAGUCAAAAACAAAGUGGCUGUAGCUGGAGGAGCGAUGUUCAUCAUCGCAGGUGUCUGUGGUUUCGUUGCUACUAUCUGGUACGGAGAUAACAUCAGACGGCAGUUCUUCAACCCCUUCACCCCAACUAAUGCGAGGUACGAGUUUGGUAAAGCUCUGUAUAUCGGAUGGGGGGCGUGUGCUCUCACUGUGAUCGGCGGCAGCUUGCUGUGCUGGAACUGUAGCCAGAAGGGUUCAAGUUCACGAGGAACAGCGGCCCGUAAACCAGCGACCCACCCGAGCCAUCCCUCACAGCCCACGUACAUCUAACACUCAAGCACACGUCCACUGCAGAACAGUGUGUACUCUCAGGAUCAUCCAGGCUCAUGUGGAAAUAAAACACACAGCUAGACCAUUUUUUUCUACUAUGUAAUAUUUCUCCUGCAUCAUGUUUUGUCAAAAAGAAAACCCCUGUUAUAACUGAUUGUUCAUUCAAAAUGACAUUUUCUACAGAAUCAGCUUUUCUUUGCAGAAACCAAGGAGUGUUUUGCGUUAGUUUUACUAACUUGGCAACCUUUGAUUACUCAAUUUCAACAGUGAAGAGGUGUUAAAAUACCAAGGAACACGUUUGUUUGGGGGUUUUUUGUGGGUUUUUUAAUCUUGCACUCUGAAGAACUUUAAAUAUCACUCAUAAAUAUAAUGUGUAAACACUCUUACAUAGAUUACUCUUUAAAAUGUGUUAGCAGUAUGCUAAAUUCAUCUUUUUUCCUCAAACAUAGCCAUUAUUAGAGGAUGAUGACAUGCUAACUAGUGCUUGUCAGUGAUAUAUUAGUGAUACAAUGGUGCUUUGUUUUUGUUUCUUGGGCAUUAAAAAAGUUAAAGAAUAGAUUAUUCUACUCUGGUUCUAAAUUACACGAAAUGAGAAAAGUAUGAUUAUUUUUCAAAAAAAGCAUGAACUGAAGUGUUUAUUUCUCUUACACCACAGCAAUUCACCAACUGACGAGGCGCAUAGCACCGAGUUGUCUGUAAGCUAUGUACGAUGAGAUUGAGUGGAAUAACUGUUUUAUUCUAUCCACAUUCACUGGAUUUUGAGAAAUGGAGCAUUUUUAUUUUUAUUUUUUGCAAAUCUCAUCUCAUCUCAUUAUCUCUAGCCGCUUUAUCCAUCUACAGGGUCGCAGGCAAGCUGGAGCCUAUCCCAGCUGACUACGGGCGAAAGGCGGGGUACACCCUGGACGAGUCGCCAGGUCAUCACAGGGCUGACACAUAGACACAGACAACCAUUCACACUCACAUUCACACCUAUGGUCAAUUUAGAGCCACCAAUUAGCCUAACCUGCAUGCCUUUGGACUGUGGUGGAAACCGGAGCACCCGGAGGAAACCCAUGCAGACACGGGGAGAGCAUGCAAACUCCACACAGAAAGGCCCUCGUCGGCCGCUGGGCUCAAACCCAGAACCUUCUUGCUGUGAGGUGAUAGUGCUAAUCACUACACCACCGUGCCGCCGAUAAUAAUAAUAAUAUCUCAUCUUAUCUCAUCUCAUCUCGUUUUCUUCUGCUUAUCCGGGGCCGGGUCGCGGAGGCAGCAGUCUGAGCAUGGAAGCCCAAACUUCCCUCUCCCCAGACACCUCGGACAGCUCCUCGGGAAGAACACCGAGGCUUUUCCAGGCCAGCCGAGAGACAUAGUCCCUCCAGCGUGUCCUGGGUCUUCCCCGGGACCUCCUCCCGGGGGCACAUGCCUGGAACACCUCCCCAGGGAGCCUCCAGCAUGUCCUGGGUCUUCCCCGGGACCUCCUCCUGGGGGGACAUGCCUGGAACACCUCCCCAGGGAGACGUCCAGGAGGCAUCCGAAAGAGAUGCCCGAGCCACCUCAGCUGAUUCCUCUCGAUGUGGAGGAGCAGCGGCUCUACUCCGAGCUCCUUCCGAGUGACUGUGCUUCUCACCCCAUCUCUAAGGGAGCACCCAGCCACCCUGUGAAGGAAACUCAUUUCGGCCGCUUGUAUCCGCGAUCUUGUUCUUUCGGUCAUUACCCAAAGCUCAUGACCAUAGGUGAGUGUCGGAAUGUAGAUCGACUGGUAAAUCGAGAGCUUUGUCUUUUGGCUCAGCUCCUUCUCCACCAUGACGGACCGGUAAAGCGACCGCAUCACUGUGGAGGCUGCACCGAUCCGCCUGUUGAUCUCACGCUCCCUCCUUCCCUCAAUCGUGAACAAGAUCCUGAGAUACUUAAACUCCUCCACUUGAGGCAGGACUUCUCCACCAACCUGAAGAGGGCAAGCCACCCUUUUCUGGUCGAGAACCAUGGCCUUGGACUUGGAGGUGCUGAUUCUCAUCCCAGCUUCUUCACACUCGACUCCAAACCGCCCCAGUGCAUGCUGAAGGUCCUGGUUUGAAGAAGCCAACAGGACAACAUCAUCCACAAAAAGCAGAGAUGAAAUCCUGUGGUUCCCAAACAGGAUUCCCUCCGGCCCCUGGCUGCACCUAGAAAUUCUGUCCAUAAAAAUUAUGAAUAGAACCGGUGACAAAGAGCAGCCCUGCCGGAGUCCAACAUGCACUGGGAACAGGUCUGACUUACUGCCGGCAAUGCGAACCAGACUCCUGCUCUGUUCGUACAGGGACCGGACAGUCCUUAGCAAAGAGCACCGAACCCCAGAAGCACCCCCCACAGGAUACCAUGAGGGACAUGGUCGAAUGCCUUCUCCAGAUCCACAAAGCGCAUGUGGACUGGUUGGGCAAACUCCCAUGAACCCUUGAGCACCCUAUGAAGGGUAUAGAGCUGGUCCAGUGUUCCACGACCAGGACGAAAACCGCAUUGUUCCUCCUGGAUCCGAGAUUCGACUAUUGGCCGAAUUCCCCUCUCCAGUACCCUGGAGUAAACCUUCCCAGGGAGGCUGAGAUGUGUGAUUCCCCUAUAAUUGGAGCACACUCUCCGGUCCCCUUUCUUAAAAAGAGGGACCACCAUCCCAGUCUGCCACUCCAGAGGCACUGUCCCCAACCGCCAUGCGAUGUUGCAGAGGUGUGUCAGCCAAGACAGCCCUACAACAUCCAGAGACUUGAGAUACUCAGGGCGGAUCUCAUCCACCCCCGGUGCCUUGGUACCGAGGAGCUUGCAAACCACCUCAGUGACUUCGGCUUGUGUAAUGGAUGAGUCCACCUCUGAGUCAUCAGCCUCCGCUUCCUCAAUGUGACGGUGGGAUUGAGGAGAUCCUCGAAGUAUUCCUUCCACUGCCCGACAAUAUCCCCAGUCGAGGUCAACAGCUCCCCACCCGCACUGUAAACAGUGUUGGCAGAGUACUGCUUCCCCCUCCUGAGGUGCCAGCCUACCAACUGGGCUGGAGUGUGGAACAGGAGAUAUGGGGGGAACAGAAAACAAAAAAACAAGCAAAAACUAUAUUCUUGUAGCUAUUUCUGUUCCUUUUAUCUACUUGAUAAUUUUUGGAAUUUUGUUUUCAAGUAGAAGUUUUAUUUUGUCCUCGGUUGGUUCCAUGCACUGCCAUUUUGUUUUUCUCUACUCACGGUAUAUGAGCUGAUAUCCUAGUAGUAGAGUAGCCAAUUAGGGCUUGCAAUUGCUCAUAUCCAGUGAAUGUGGAAUAUAUAUAUAUAUAUAUAUAUAUAUAUAUAUAUAUAUAUAUAUAUAUAUAUAUAUAUAUAUAUAUAUAUAUAUAUAUAUAUAUCCUCCUGACCAGUCAGAAUCCAGAACUCAGCAGUGCUGUAUUUUAUACCCUUCUUUCAUGAUUCUGACCUCAUUACCAUAACGGAAGCAUCUACAGUAAAUAUUGUCAUCGGUUUUGGGUUUUUUUGUGUGAAUUGCUUUGUAAGGUAUAAAGUUUCAUUACUGAAUUCUGAAAAUAUUUUAUGUCACAAAUGAAUCCAAUAAAAUUGCUUUUGUAUGAGA